ACAUUUCUCCACUACAUCAGCCUGAAGGACGCUUUCCUGGACCUUUUAGAGCAAAACAAAUUAAAAUCCUUGAAACAGAGAAGAAAUUGUCCCCUUCUGCAGUGGGAUGAAGCAUGUAAGGCAUUUCGUCCCCUCCUUAUUUCUCAGUUUGGUGCACGUUUGCCUGGUUCAGGCAAAUUAUGCCCCCUAUUUCUUCGAUAACGGAGCCAGGAGCACAAAUGGGAACAUGGCACUCCUCAGCCUUUCCGAGGACACACCUGUUGGUGCCCACGUGUAUACUCUGAAUGGAACUGAUCCGGAAGGAGAUCCCGUGACGUACGGCCUGACCUACGAGGCUGGAUCCAGGCGCUACUUUUCUGUUGACGGAAGCCUUGGAAACGUGACGCUGAUCGAGGAACUUGACAGAGAGAAAGAAGAUGAGAUUGAAGUUAUUGUCAGUAUUUCAGAUGGCCUGAGUACAGUUUCAGAGAAAGUGAGGAUUCUUGUAACAGAUGCUAAUGAUGAGAGCCCGGAGUUCAUCAAUACACCUUACAUAGUCCAAGUCCCAGAGAACUCUCCCUCUGGCAGCAGUAUCUUUAAGAUCGAGGCAGUUGACAGAGACACUGGUUCUGGAGGAAGUAUCACCUACUUCUUGCAGAACAUCCACGCUAAUAAGUUUACAAUAGACCGUCACAGCGGCGUCCUGCGCAUCAAAUCGGGGGUCACCCUGGACUACGAGAAGUCAAGAACGCAUUUUGUCGUGGCGGUAGCCAAGGAUGGCGGUGGGAAGCUGAGGGGAGACAACAAAGUGUUCUCUGCCACCACAACUGUUACCGUCAACGUGGAGGAUGUUCAGGACACUCCUCCCAUGUUCAUUGGGACUCCCUACUAUGGAUAUGUCUACGAGGAUACGCUUGCAGGCUCCGAGGUCCUCACUGUUGUUGCACUCGAUGGGGACAGAGGAAAGCCAAACAGCAUUCAUUACUGCAUCGUGAACGGAAGUGAAGGUUCUUUUGAAAUCAGCAACACCACCGGAGCCAUUUCCGUUAUAAAAAGUCCAAAUCAGCUCAAGAAAGAAGUAUAUGAAUUAAGAGUUCAGGCAUCAGAAGUCAGCCCAGAAGGGGAUAUCUCAGCAUAUGCCUUUGCCACGGUGACUAUAAGGGUGGUCGACCUCAACAACCAUCCGCCAACAUUUCAUGGAGAAAGCGGUCCCCAGAACAGAUUUGAACUGACCAUGUACGAACAUCCCCCAGAGGGUGAAAUCUUGAGAGGACUGAAGAUUACUGUCAAUGAUUCAGAUCAGGGAGCCAACGCUAAAUUCAACCUCCGUCUCGUCGGACCCGGCGGCAUUUUCCGAGUCGUUCCCCAGACGGUCCUGAAUGAGGCUCAGGUUACAAUAAUAGUGGAAAAUUCUGCUGCUAUUGACUAUGAAAAAUACAAGGUCUUAACCUUUAAGCUUCUUGCAAUAGAGGUGAACACACCAGAGAAAUUCAGCUCGACGGCUGACGUAGCGAUACGUCUCCUAGAUACCAAUGACAAUGUCCCAAAGUUCUCCUCUGAUUACUACAUUGCCAGGAUCCCUGAGAACUCUCCAGGGGGCUCAAAUGUAGUUGCUGUAACUGCUACAGAUCCAGACUCUGGGCUUUGGGGAGAAGUCAAGUACUCUAUCUACGGAACGGGAGCAGAUCUGUUCCUAAUCCACCCAUCAACAGGUAUAAUUUACACCCAACCUUGGGCUGUAUUAGAUGCUGAAGUGAACUCAAAGUAUAAUUUCUACGUGAAAGCAGAGGACACAGAUGGGAAAUACAGCUUGGCUGAAGUGUUUAUCACUGUGCUAGAUGUCAAUGACCACUCUCCGGAAUUCAAUGAAAACAUCCAGGAAAAGACGAUGAUCAUUGGGUCACCAGUGAAGAUAGAGGCUAUAGAUCAAGACGCAGAAGAACCAAACAACAUUGUGGAUUAUUCCAUCAUGCAAGCAGAUCCAGCCAAUGUGUUUGAUAUAGACCAAAGCACGGGGGAAAUCAAGCUGAAGUCCUAUAUCCGUUCCCUGGACAUCAUCCACAACAUUACAAAGAACAAAGACUGCAUAUGGUCAUUGGUGGUGCAGGCCAAAGACCGAGGCUCCCCGUCCUUCAGUACCACAGCAGUUCUGAAGAUUGAUAUCACGGAGGAGACUCUUCACAAAGGGCCUAUGGCCGCCUUUUUGAUGCAAACUAAAGAUAACCCCAUGAAAGCCUUAGGAGUGCUAGCUGGUGUCAUGGGCAUAAUGGUGCUGAUAACUAUCAUGAUCUCUACUGCCAUGUUCUGGCGCAAUAAGCGGUCCAACAAAAUCAUGCCGGUAAGACGGAUCAUAAAAAAGAGACAGACCCAGCAGUCCCGCACGGUGAGGAUGGAGUGGCUGAAGUUCAAGAGGCCCAGUAAUGCCGCAGAGAAGUUUGUCGUUGAGGACGAUGCCAAGAGCCUGCAGAACGAGAACAGCAACAACAACGUCCAGGCAGCCCCAGUGCCCCCAGCCGCUCCCUUGCCCCCGCCGCCCCCCGCCCUGGCCGCCAGCGGGAACACCGCAGUGUGGCGGGUGCCAACUGUGUCCGGCUCCCUCACUCCCAAGUUCAUCAACAAGCAGCUGAAGAAGAGAGGUCAUAACAGCGCCCACAACGCCCUGGUGUCAGAGCUCAAAAUGAAGUUUGAGAAGAGAAAUGCAGCUAUGGGUGAGCCACACAUCUAGACCAUGUCUAGGUGCUCUUGGCAGCCCCAGAGACUGUGGGUUGUGGCUGCACAUGGGUAUGUUAUAUGCCGUGGUCUUCCCCGUGUCUGUCAAUACCCAUGAACUGAGAGCAGCUUCUUGCUGUGAUAGCCGUCCCUCAUCUUCCAGAAGCAUUAUGUGCUGUGGAGUCGCCCCACUUGUAUCAAAUGUUGUGGUGUGUGCCCAGUUAGGACUGCAGUUCCUUCAUCCCAUAUCCCAGCGUUUGUUCCACCCUGCAGCUGUCUAACCGGGGUGCUCCAUACGCUCCUGCGCCAACCAGAGCCUCCCAAAGUGAGCAGGUCUUUGGGCUACCCCUGUUCCAGAGGCCCUUAUCCAGCACUCUGCAGAUGCCACUUCUGAUCAGGUCUGACAGGUGGAGCUGAGGCAUCCAAAAACCCAUCACUUCAAAACCCAUAAUCAGUUCAGAAGGAGUUGUUCUGCCUGCGGCACCAGGGGCAGUGUGCAGGUCUCCUUCUGCAGCAGCUCACAGAACGCUGAGAGCAAGUUGUGUGUAGGGCAUGAUGUGCAGUGCAGCAGCUGGUGGAAUUAUGGCGACAGCACCCUUCAUCCUGUGUGCAGGCUUGGAAAAGUUCUUCGUUUUCCUGCAGAUUAUGCUGGAUUUUGCCAGAGCACAUUGGCAUGAUCCCUCUGCCCCGAGAUUGUCAGCUAGGGUGGGAGGACAGUUGGAUAAAAAAGGCACUGGAGGCAGAGCAGAUUUUUAUUGGGUCUACCCUAGUUUCUAUGUCACGCUUGUCUCUGAGGAGGUGUUUUAAGCUGGACCUGGGGAGAAGGCAGCGUGUACCUGUCUGACCAGGGAGAAGCACCCUGUGCCCACACUCCUGCCCCUUAAGGCAGCAGCGCCAGCUGCUUUAGGUUGGCUGUCAUGGAUGGACACCAUGAACAUUGAGAUGGGGAGCAAACCCUAAGUGACAGUACGCUGUGUUAAUCUAAGGGGGCUCUGAGGCUUCUCAAACAACUGCUUUGAGUCCUUUCAGCUGGACCAGCAGCCCGGCCCCUCUGGGGCUCCUCUUCCCUCACCCCAUUAGCUGAUCUACUCCUUUCAUUUGCACCAGGACUUCAUCACCUGAGGAGCUAGCAUGUUGAACAAGAAAUUACCCACUUACCAGAAACAAUCUCAUGUUUUUUAACUUCUAUUCACUCCAGUUCACCGUAUCAUGUUCUUGCCACCAGUAGACUGAUCCAGGAGCAGCAGAGAGGAGCCAUGGUGCCCAAUGCUGCUCAGCCAGGGGUCCCAAGCUUAUGGGGAGAGUUCAGGGCUGGGCUCCAGGAUGUUCCUCUGCAUCAGGCUCUAGCAGCACUGGGAGUGCAAUGCAGUGGGUCUGGCUCCCAGACUGUGCUGGGGAAGCACAGCUGCUCAGGCCCCAUGUAGAUCAGGGACUGAAAACUGCAGAGCAUCAAGGAACAACAGUCUACCUGGUUUUGUGGGGGAACACAAAAUAAUAUACAUUCGCUCAUGAACACACUUCUCUGAAGCAGUCCCUGGGCUUGGGGCUGCACAAGGAGCUGUGUGAGGAACCAUGUGGCUGUAAAUCUCUCUAAGGAGUCCUCUAAGGACACUUUAAUCUGAGUGUGAUGUCUGGAGCCAAACAAAGCCACAGACCCUCAGUGGAGAGGUGGAUGCUCAGCAGGGAGGAGCAGACCUUGUUGGUACUGCACUACAUUUCCCACUGUCCCCAUCAUCACUCCUGUGUUAUCUGUCUUUCCCUCAGGGCCCGCUGCCCAUCCCUCCUCUUGACUUCAGGCCCUUGCAUCACACACUACGUCUUCAUCCUCCAGCCAUGAUCAUUUGAGAAAGAGGAGACGCAGCCCCAUCACCAUUGCUCAGCCCUGGUCCCACAGCCACAGCCCUACACGUGCUCCUUUCUCUGGCUUAUGUCUCCUCAGGGCUCUGCAACGCUUCAUGGGGCACCAAAACCUUGUGAUGUAUCCUGUGUUCCACUCUUUUCCCAGUGUUGUGUUGAAGCCAGUAUUCAGUGUUCAUUCUCCACGAGGAAAGCCUAUAACAACCAUUCAAUUAAGUGAGAUAUAAUUAAGUGAGAUUUAGCAGGAAUUAUAGGCUUAUAGUCUUAGAGAUUAUAUUUAAGAAGGAAUAAAGAUGUUUUAUUAUGAUGUUGUGAGAC